GCAGCGGCUCGGGGUGGGUAGCGCCGGCCCCCUCGCCACGCCUCCCGCCACCCCGCACAAGCCGCGGCACCAGCGGGUACCGCUCUGCGUGCAGCACCGGGGCCGGACCGCGGACGGAGGGCACGGGCACCCACGGGCCAUGGCAGGAAAAGCCCACAGGCUGAGCACAGAGGAGAGGGAGCAGCUGCUGCCAAACCUGAGAGCUGUGGGGUGGAACGAGGUGGAAGGCAGAGAUGCCAUCUUCAAAGAGUUUCACUUCAAGGACUUCAACCGGGCCUUUGGCUUCAUGACCAGAGUGGCUCUACAGGCAGAAAAACUCGAUCACCACCCUGAAUGGUUCAACGUGUACAAUAAGGUUCACAUCACCCUGAGCACCCAUGAGUGUGGAGGCUUAUCGGAGCGAGACAUCAACUUGGCCAGCUUCAUUGAGCAGGUUGCAGCUUCCCUCUCCUGACCAGAGAGAGAGACGCAAAGUCAAAAAUCAACUGUGCCGCUGCCACAACCCGUAUCUCGCCUAGACAACUGCACCUAGAGCUUUCCCCCACUUCCAAGCUAGUUCCUGGAUCCAGACUGCCUACCACCAUG